GGGCUGCAGCCGGGUGGCGGCGCGGCGCAGGGAGGGGCCGCAGUAUCCUCGCCCCUGGUUCCCGGGCGGAACAGCGAGGAGGCCGGGCGCCAGGCCUCGCGCCGCCUCGCCUGAGGCCGGCGGAGCGAAGGUGAGUGAGGAUGGCGGAGAGGAUGUGACCUGCACCGACUCACCCACCCAGCAGUGGUGCUGCCAUGCAGAAGCCCAGCGGCCUGAAGCCCCCCGGCCGUGGGGGGAAGCACUCGAGCCCCGUGGGCCGGACAUCCACUGGGUCAGCCUCAGCUUCUGCUGCUGCUGUGGCCACUGGCUCAAAGGAAGGCUCCCCGCUGCACAAGCAGGCGUCGGGCCCCUCCUCUGCGGCAGCCCCCCCAGCCCCUGAGAAGCCGGGCCCGAAGGCAGCUGAGGUGGGCGAUGACUUUCUGGGGGACUUCGUGGUGGGUGAGCGGGUGUGGGUGAAUGGCGUGAAGCCAGGCAUGGUGCAGUACCUGGGCGAAACACAGUUCGCGCCUGGCCAGUGGGCGGGCGUGGUGCUGGACGACCCAGUGGGCAAGAAUGAUGGCUCCGUGGGCGGCGUGCGCUACUUCGAGUGCCCAGCGCUACAGGGCAUCUUCACGCGGCCCUCCAAGCUGACCCGGCAGCCCACCGCCGAUGGCUCGGGCAGCGACGCCCACUCGGUGGAGUCACUGACCGCGCAGAACCUGUCGCUGCAUUCGGGCACAGCCACGCCCCCGCUGACCUGCCGUGUCAUCCCUCUGCGGGAAAGCGUCCUCAACAGCUCUGUCAAGACAGGCAAUGAAUCGGGCUCCAACCUGUCAGACAGCGGCUCUGUGAAGCGGGGUGACAAGGACCUGCGCCUGGGAGACCGCGUGCUGGUUGGUGGGACGAAGACUGGUGUGGUGCGGUAUGUUGGGGAGACAGACUUCGCCAAGGGCGAGUGGUGUGGCGUGGAGCUGGACGAGCCCCUUGGGAAGAAUGAUGGGGCAGUAGCGGGCACCAGGUACUUCCAGUGCCCACCCAAGUUUGGUCUCUUCGCACCCAUCCACAAGGUGAUCCGCAUCGGCUUCCCGUCUACCAGCCCAGCCAAAGCCAAGAAAACCAAGCGUAUGGCCAUGGGUGUCUCAGCGCUGACCCACAGUCCCAGCAGUUCCUCCAUCAGCUCCGUCAGCUCUGUGGCCUCCUCCGUUGGGGGCCGGCCCAGCCGCAGUGGCCUGCUCACGGAGACCUCUUCGCGCUAUGCUCGCAAGAUCUCGGGUACAACAGCCUUGCAAGAGGCGCUGAAGGAGAAGCAGCAGCACAUCGAGCAGUUGCUGGCUGAACGGGACCUGGAGCGGGCUGAGGUGGCCAAGGCCACGAGCCACAUCUGCGAGGUGGAGAAGGAGAUCGCCUUGCUCAAGGCGCAGCACGAGCAGUAUGUUGCAGAAGCAGAGGAGAAGCUGCAGCGGGCACGGCUGCUGGUGGAGAGCGUGCGGAAGGAGAAGGUAGACCUGUCCAACCAGCUGGAGGAGGAGAGGAGGAAGGUGGAGGACCUGCAGUUCCGAGUGGAGGAGGAGUCCAUCACCAAGGGAGAUCUGGAGACCCAGACGCAGCUGGAGCACGCACGCAUUGGGGAGCUGGAGCAGAGCCUGCUACUGGAGAAGGCGCAGGCCGAGCGGCUACUCAGGGAGUUAGCAGACAACAGGCUGACGACGGUGGCUGAAAAGUCACGGGUGCUGCAGCUGGAGGAGGAGCUGAGCCUGCGGCGCGGCGAGAUCGAGGAGCUGCAGCAGUGCCUCCUGCACUUGGGCCCGCCACCAGCCGACCACCCCGAGGCCACCGAGACCCUGCGGCUGCGUGAGCGGCUGCUCUCAGCCAGCCAGGAGCACCAGCGGGAGAGCGGAGCAUUGCGGGACAAGUACGAGAAGGCACUCAAGACCUACCAGGCAGAGGUGGAGAAGCUGCGAGCGGCCAAUGAGAAGUACGCGCAGGAGGUGAUGGACCUCAAGGACAAGGUCCAGCAGGCCACCAGCGAGAACAUGGGGCUCAUGGACAACUGGAAGUCCAAGCUGGACUCGCUGGCCUCCGACCACCAGAAGUCCCUGGAGGACCUCAAGGCCACGCUGAACUCGGGCCCGGGCGCCCAGCAGAAGGAGAUUGGGGAGCUGAAGGCUGUGAUGGAGGGUGUCAAGAUGGAGCACCAGUUGGAGCUGGGCAACCUGCGGGCAAAGCACGACCUCGAGACGGCCAUGCACGUGAAGGAGAAGGAGGGCCUGCGGCAGAAGCUGCAGGAGGCCCAGGAGGAGCUGGCUGGGCUCAGGCAACACUGGCGGGCCCAGCUGGAGCUGCAGGCUGGCCAGCACCGGCGGGAGCUGCAGGAGGCCCAGGACCAGCGCCGUGACGCCGAGCUGCGGGUGCACGAGCUGGAGAAGCUGGACGUGGAGUACCGUGGCCAGGCGCAGGCCAUCGAGUUCCUCAAGGAGCAGAUCUCUCUGGCUGAGAAGAAGAUGCUGGACUAUGAGGGGCUGCAGCGGUCAGAAGCCCAGAGCAGGCAGGAGGCAGAGCGGCUACGAGAGAAGCUCCUGGUCGCUGAAAACAGACUGCAGGCAGUGGAGGCCCUGUGCUCCUCUCAGCACGCUCAUAUGAUUGAGUCCAACGACAUUUCAGAGGAGAAGAUCAGAAUGAAGGAGACAGUGGAGGGCCUGCAGGACAAGCUGAACAAGAGGGACAAAGAAGUGACAGCAUUGACAUCCCAGACCGAGAUGCUCAGGGCCCAAGUAAGUGCACUGGAGGGCAAGUGCAAGUUGGGAGAGAAGAAGGUGGACAACCUCCUGAAGGAGAAGCGGCGCCUGGAGGCUGAACUGGAGGCCGUGUCCCGGAAGACCCACGACGCCUCCGGCCAGCUGGUGCUCAUCAGCCAGGAGCUGCUCCGGAAGGAGCGGAGCCUGAAUGAGCUACGGGUGUUGCUACUGGAGGCCAAUCGUCACUCCCCAGGGCCCGAGAGGGACCUGAGCAGAGAGGUCCACAAGGCUGAGUGGCGGAUCAAGGAGCAGAAACUCAAGGACGACAUCCGAGGCCUUCAUGAGAAGCUGACUGGGCUGGACAGAGAGAAGUCCCUGUCAGAGCAGAGGCGCUACUCCCUCAUCGACCCAUCUACAGCACCUGAGCUCCUGAGGCUGCAGCACCAGCUGAUCAGUACAGAGGAUGCUCUGCGUGAAGCACUGGACCAGGCCCAGCAAGUGGAGAAGCUCGUGGAGGCCAUGCGGAGCUGCCCGGACAAGUCCCAGACCCUCAGCAAUGCCGGGUCUGCGAAUGGCAUCCACCAGCAAGACAAGGCCCACAAACAAGAGGCCCCAGGGCAGCCAUUGUGCCCAGAAGGGCCAGGGGAGGCCCAGCUUCUCCUUGCAGGCAUUGAGGAGGCAAGUCCAGACUUCCGGAACCAGGUGGGGGCCCCUUUCCUGAAGCUGUUUCCAGGUUGA